GCACUCAGAAACCCCAAACCAAAGCGGUACGGGUGUAUCCUGCGCAUCCCAUCCAGCCUUUCAAGGCCACCCCUCGCGCGAGAUGCCCAGCCUCGUCGACUGGCUCGUGUCUCACGAACCUUCCUUUCGCGCCCCCCGGCUCCCUUCGUUGUACUCGGACCUGAACGUGCAAAAGACCACCAACCCAGAAGGCUACACCGCCAACACGACGGCGUGGACGAGCGCCCUGACCCGCGCCGCCCUCGAAGGGCAACUCCCCGUCCACCAACGCCUGAUCCUGCACACCUCCGACGACCUCCUCAAUGCCCUCGCGAGUCCUCGGUACGGCCGGCCGUCGGGCUUGGGAAACGUCCUCGACGAGGCGGUCAGGUCCGGGAAAAUGGUCGACCUCCAGGACUUCCUGACGUCCGAGAAGAGCAUAUACACCAAGACGUGGAUUCCGUCGCCGCUGUCCAUCCUCAAAUGGGGCCUGAGACGGGCCGGGCUCGUGGGGACCGGCAGCUACGACGUCAACGGGCACCUGCGACAAGGUAGCCUCGUGCUCGUCAGCGCGCUGGAGGAGGUGUACAACAAGCACAUUGUCAAAUUACGGGAGGGACAGACCAGCUCGAGUUUGACGGACCGUAUCGUCAGUCGAGAAUUAUUCGUCAAAGAGCUCAACGACCUCUUCGGGGGGAAACUAUCACAACAAGAUCUCUCGGUAUUACUACGCUACCUUUCGCGAGACAAACAGAUCCUCGCGUACGACGAAACGACGAUAAAAUUCAAAGGCCCCCACGCGACGACAGCGACGACAGAAUCAGACACCGUCACCAUCACGCACGAAGACCGGAGCAUCGCAUCGCUCAAGACACUCAUCUCGAACCUCACCACGCAGAUAUCAACCCUAAGUGCACGGGUCGCCACCCUCCAAACCACGGCUCAAAAUGCGGUCAAGGCCAACAACCGCACCGGUGCCAUGUCGGCACUCCGGUCGAAAAAGUUGGCCGAGAAAUCACUAGAAUCCCGCACAAACACCCUCCACCAGCUCGAGGAAGUCUACACCAAGAUCGAAGCGGCCGCGGACCAAGUCGAGAUCGUCGCGGCCAUGGAGGCCAGCGCCGGCGUCCUCAAGACGCUCAACAAGAAGGUCGGCGGCGUCGACAAGGUCGAGGACGUCCUGGACUCGUUGCGCGAAGAAAUGGCCAAGGUCGACGAAGUGGGUGGCGUCAUCGCCGAGCCCGUCCUCGACGGUGGCAGGGCCGUACUCGACGAAGCCGAGGUCGACGACGAGUUUGAGGCGAUGGAGCGCGAGGAGAGACUCGAGCGCGAAAAGACCGAACAGGCGCAACGAGAAAAGCAACAGGCUCGAGAGGCCGAAGACACCAGAAGGAGAUUGCAAGAGUUGGACCGCCUGCAGCUGGAAGCCGCGGAGAAGGCGAAAGAGAGCCGCCAGGACGGCGAGAACCAGCAAACCACAGACCCGAUCCAAACCCAACAGACACAGAAACAGAGCCAGACUGCAGACGAUGCGGUCGAGCAGCAACUCUCGAAAAGCAUCGAGAAGAUGGAACGAAUGGACAUUGCCGAACCGCAACGAGAAGGCCGGAAGAUUGCGGCAGAGUGAAAUACGAUCAAUGGGUAAAUAUGGUUAUGAUCAUGAUGAUAUGGAGAUUUUGAAUCAUUACAUCAAAGAGUUCCGUGAAAUACAGGAGACUUCUUCAGUGGGAACACUCAUAAAUUAAGAUGGUAUGUCUGGAGUACGGAGUAUCUAGACAAGCUUCGUCGAUUUUGUACUGGAAUAGUGUACUAUUUUGCUUUUUCAUGACUCAUGAA